GUGGGGCCGCUGGCGGGAGCUGGUGGCGCAGGGCCGGUUGAAGCGGCGCCUGUCGGAGCGGGACGUGGAGUCGCUGUGCCGCGCCAUCCUGCUCUUCUGCCUGCUGCACUUCCGCGGCGACGACGCCGUGCGCGCCUUCGCCUGGGCCCUGGUGGCGCCCCCCGAGAACGGCCGCGCCCGCCCGCCCCACGGGCAGCCCGGUGUGGCUGUGCCGGGCGGGCGGGGCCGGAAGGGGAAGAAGCCGAAGCCGCCGCUGCCCCCCCUGGAGCCCCCCCAGGCCGAGUGGCUGCGCAGGCACAACCCCGAGGGGCUGCUCCAGGACGAGGGCUACCGAAAGCACCUCCGCCACCAGUGCAGCAAGGUGCUGCUGAGGGUGAGGAUGCUGCACUUUCUCCACCACGAGGUCAUCGGGGACGAGGCCCCCAAAAUUCUCAGCGGGGCCCCCGCCAGUGACAUCCACCUCUGGCUGCCGCUGGUGGAGCCCCUGGAGGUGCCCACGGCCUGGUGGGACCCCGAGGCCGACAAGUCCCUCCUCAUCGGGGUCUUCAAGCACGGCUACGAGCGGUACCACACGAUGCGGGCGGACCCCGCCCUUUGUUUCCUGGCCAAGGCCGGCGGCCCCGACGCCACCGCCGUGGCGGCCGAGCAGAGGCUGGAGGGGCCCGACGGACCUGACUUCGACAAAGACCCCGAGGACCCCGAGUACAAACCCGCGGCGGGGGGGGCUGAGGAGAGUGACCCCCUGGCCGGGCUGGACGAGGAGAUUUCGGUGGUGGACGGAGAGGAAGGUCCCCCUCCCGCCUCGUCCUGCUCGGAGGCCCCGCCCCCUGGCCCGCAGGCUCCGCCCCUCACGGCCCGAUUCCGCCGCCUGAUUGGAGCCCUGCAGAGGGCGGGGGCCGGGGGCAGGGCCAGGGCCGGAGGAGGCCCCAGGAGGAGGCAGCGCCGGAGCAGGGACAAACAGCAGCGGUGGAGCCGCCGUGAGCAGUCGGAUUUCCUGCGCGUGGCCUCGACCUUCGGGGUGGAGCUGGACGCGGCUUCCGGAAGGUUCCGCUGGGGCCGCUUCCGCGCCCUGGCCAACCUGGAGCGCCGCUCCGACCAGGAGCUCACCCGCUUCUACCACGGCUUCGUGGCCAUGUGCCGGCACGUCUGCCAGCUGCCCCCAGACACCACACCGGCCCCCCCAGGAUCGUUCCCAGCCCCAUUUCCCGUGCCCCCAGCCCUGGCCCUGCGGUGCCUUCGCCGUCUCUCCCUGCUGCGGUGCCUGCGGGAGCGGGUGCUCCCUCACCCCGCGCUGGGCUCGCUGCUGGCGCGGGUGCCGCCGCCGGCGCCGCCGCUGCCGCCGUGGUGGGUGCGUGGCGUGCACGACGCGGAGCUGCUGCGCCUGGCGGCGCGGCACGGCCUGGGGGCGGGGCCCUCGCCAGGGGGGUGCGCAGGGGGGCCGGCAGCGACGACCCCCGGGACGGGGAGGAGGAGGAGGAGGAGGAGG